CCGCUACCACAAAUAGGGUUUCCCCCUUGUUGAAAGCAAUUCUUCUCACAUUGGAGGGUCUCUUCCGUCGUCCCAGUUAAAUGGGCAGUCGCCUCAUCCAACUGACGGCGUUCUCUACUCCGUCUUCCCUUGUCACUUGUGAGCCUGUGCAACAGUUCAGUGCACCUCUAGCAGAUUCACGCAAAUUUCAUCCCCCGUGGCCUCCACCAAAAUCCCGUCGUCGCUUCGGAACUCAUCGACUCAAGCUAAUCUCGGCCUCCUCUACUUCUCCAUCCAGAUUUUCUACUCUUCCUCUAAGAAAAGUAAGGUGCUUUGCGACAUCCUGUUGAGGAGUUUAACAAAGCAUGGCCAGUCUAGGAGCGUUCUCUCUUUGUUUAUAGAACAAUGGUGCUGGACUCUGUUUUUUCCCGACGUAGAAACAUACCCGUUAAUUCUGGGUUCGUGCCCUUCGGGCUCAGAGAUUGCUAACGGGAAAACGGAUUUAUGGGCUAGUCAUAAAAUUGGGCUUGGAGUCGUCGUCAGCGGUGGAGGCUGCUGUGACAGAGAUGUGCAAUCGAUUUGGAGAAUUUCGCAAUGUAAGGAAUGUCGUCGAUCAGCUUAUGCCAUUUAAGAAUGUCAAUCUGUCGGAUGGAAAUAUUAUUGGAAGUUCUCAAAUGGGAACGGGAAGACUAGAAACUGAUUUUGUUAGGAAGGCGACUAAUUUGUUGAGGUUCGUUGUUGAUUCGCGCUUGUUAAAGGAGGGAAGAAUUGUCCAUUCUUGGGCUUACACUUCCGGAUUAUGCAGAAACUUGUCUGUAAGUACCGCUUUGUUAUCAAUGUAUGUGAAGCUGCGGGAUUUGCACAGUGCUGGGAAGCUGUUUGUCAAAAUGCCUGACAAGGACUGUGUUGUGUGGAACAUAAUGAUAUCUGCAUAUUCUCACAACGGGCACCCCGAGAAAUCUGUGCAGUUGUUGAGAGAGAUGUUGAAAUCAGGGACCAAAGCUGAUUUGUUCACGGCCUUGCCUGCUGCUUCCUCGAUUGGGCAGUUGAAAUCCUUGGGCUGGUGCAAAGAACUGCAUACUUACGUGACAAGAAACGAACUAGGUUACCAGGUAUCUGUUCAUAAUGCGCUCGUUGAUAUGUAUUGCGAUUGUGCUUGUAUGGACUACGCAAGGAAGGUAUUCGACUCAAUUAUAGAUAAAACAGUGGUCUCUUGGAGCACCCUGAUGAAGGGUUAUGUGAAACAUGAUCACUCUUUGGCAGCUUUAUCUCUCUUCUCUAAAAUGAACUUGGUAGGACCGCAAGUUGAUUUUAUAGCCAUCAUUAACAUCUUGCCUGCCUGUGUGAACACUGGAGCACUAGAGCAAGUGAAAUCCCUUCAUGGCUACUCAGUUAAACUUGGUCUAAACCUUUUAUCAGCUCUAAACACGGCUCUACUCACCAGCUAUGCAAAAUGUGGAUCCAUGGAUAUGGCUAGGAAGAUCUUCUUCAUCGAGGAAAAGUUCGAUAGAGACAUAAUCAUUUGGAAUUCGAUGAUUAGCUCACAUGCCAAGCACGGAGACUGGUCUCAGUGUUUUGAGUUGUACAAGCAAAUGAAGCAUUCAAAUUUAAAACCAGAUGAGUUCACGUUUCUGAGUCUACUAACAGCUUGUGUGAAUUCAGGUCUGGUUGAGGAAGGACGGGCAUUGUUCAAGGAGAUGACUGAAACCUACAAGCAAAGUCCCAGCCAAGAGCAUUAUGCUUGCAUGGUGGAUUUGUUAGGGCGUGCAGGCCUUGUGAAUGAAGCUAAGGAGCUUGUGGAGAGCAUGGCGUUCAAACCGGAUGCACGGAUUUGGGGUCCGCUGUUAAGUGCCUGUAAGUUGCACCCCAAUACUACUGAACUGGCAGAGUUUGCAGCUGAGAAUCUCAUAAUUGCAGAGCCAAGAAAUGCUGGCAAUUACAUACUGCUCUCCAACAUAUAUGCCGCUGCAGGGGAGUGGGAUGGAGUUGCUAAGAUGAGGAGUUUCCUUAGGGAUAAAGGGCUGAAGAAAACUCCUGGAUGUAGCUGGGUUGAGAUCAAUGGUCAGUCCCAUGAGUUUCGGGUUGCUGACCGGUCUCACCCAAAGGCUGAUUCCAUAUAUGGGACACUGAGCUCUCUGGAGCUAGAAAUCAAAGCUGCCAGAGACGAGUUUGGGAGGGAAGCAAAAGGCCUAGCUGUGGAUUCUGAUCUUUUCUGGUGACUUUCUUUGGCAUGGACUUUCCAGGCCUGAGGUCAGCCUUCAAUGAGUUUCCUAUUUCUCUUUCUCCUCCGCAUUCGUAUCAUUUGACCUCCCUAAUCUCAAACGUUGUUCAUUACAGUGUUCAGCUUCUCUGCGGAAGUUAAACAUCUCUUACAAGGCUCUAUUAUCUGGUGGACGAUUUCAUCUAGAAGCAAAUUAGGAAUAGUUCUUCACUCCUAUUGGUGUUAGUUGUGCAGAGUGAUUUAGUGCAUCUUCCAGUGGAAGAAGGGAUGGAAAUAUGAUCAACAAAAAUUUCAAGAAGCGAUCUUUUGAGCUGGAACCAGAGACAACUGCUUGAUUCCAUUCUACCAACUCGUGGGUUUUGCGCAUUCGCUUGGAUUGGAUGCAGCCUUUCAAGCACAGAUAGCCUUGAGCACUGACCAACUUCGAACCUGCCUGAUUCACAUUAUGGAGAACACUGGAAGCUUGCUUCUUCCUUUCGUGUACCCCGCCCGACAAACCCAAGUUCAGACAAUUUGCAAAAGCUGGACAGAUCGUUGAACGCGACUCUGACCAAUGAAGUUAGCAGGAAGGCAUGUACUUCACAAAGUACCAGCACUAAUGAGAGUGACUGCUGCAGUAGUUUCCAGGGAGAUCCCAUCUCUUAAAGCUACUGAAAACCCAUAUCUUGGUUGGUCUCGGAUGGUCCAACUCCACACUGGUCCUGUCUUUGGGCACCCAUGUUGGCUUCUUGGGAGUUGGGAAGGAUGCCCAGACCUCUCAGAAGGGUUACUUGUUGGUAACAAUGAGAGAUGACAUUUCUGCUGCAACUAGCUGUGUUGCAGCAUGAAGUCUCAGCCUCUGCGACUGAAACUGUAAUUGAAAACUGGGGUGAUCGACUGAUCAUCGUGCUUAUCAGGAAGCUUGCCAGACAGCGCCUUUGCUUGAUACUUUACAGAGGUGCCAUGGCUAUUUGUUGUCUAGACUGUUUUGCUCUUGAUGAAGCCAGGACGGUUUGAUUGAAUUAAAAUGAAAUUCAAGAGAUCCUGCUGCAUGUGCAAACCGGCGAGCACUACAAAUAGUCACUAAACUAUCUCAACCUGAAAAUCGUGGAUUCAUAUCCAGUUGGGAGGUAGUUACUCCAAAUGGUUAUUUUGUUACGACUUGGGGGAAGAAUAACAUUACUACAUCAGU